AUGGACCCAGACAUGACCCUCAGCAGAAGUUUAGGCCUAAUUGGCUCCAUGGUCCCAGACAGUAGCACAGGAAAUCCAAAAUGCUACUCGCUUCACCUUGGAAUCCUUCCCUUCACAGUGCUCCUCUUGGUCUUCUUUGGCUAUGGGUUCCUGAGCCACAGAAGUCAGGAACUGAGAGACCCAGGCGCUGUGACUAGGAUGGUCUACGCCCAGCCAAAGGUGCUAACACCCAGGUAUGUGGUGUUCCUGAAACUGUUCCUGGAGACAGCAGAGCAGCACUUCAUGGUGGGACACAAGGUCAUCUACUAUGUCUUCACUGACCGUCCUGCCGAGGUGCCGCAAGUGCCCCUGGGGGCAGGACGGAAGCUGGCGGUGCUGACUGUGCGCAACUACUCCCGCUGGCAGGAUGUGUCCAUGCACAGGAUGGAGAUGAUCAGCCACUUCUCUGAGCGGCGCUUUCUGCACGAGGUGGAUUACCUGGUGUGUGCAGACGUGGACAUGAAGUUCCGUGACCACGUGGGUGUGGAGAUCCUCUCCGCACUCUUCGGCACCCUGCAUCCUGGCUUCUACAGAAGCAGCAGAGAGGCCUUUACCUACGAGCGCCGGCCGAAGUCCCGGGCCUACAUCCCCAGGGACGAGGGUGACUUUUACUAUGCAGGAGGCUUCUUUGGGGGGUCAGUGGUGGAGGUGUACCAUCUCACCAAGGCCUGCCAUCAGGCUAUGGUGGAGGACAAGGCCAAUGGCAUCGAGGCCGUGUGGCAUGAUGAGAGCUAUCUGAACAAGUACCUGCUAUACCACAAGCCUACAAAGGUGCUGUCUCCAGAGUAUGUUUGGGACCAAAAGCUGCUGGGCUGGCCCUCCGUCAUGAGGAAGCUCAGAUACGUGGCUGUGCCCAAGAACCAUCAGGCGAUCAGGAACGGAUAG